GCGACAUUAACCCGAGUUGUACUGUAGCACGAGGUAUCUAUCAGGAGCAUGGACUUCCUGAAUAGCACCUGAACACGUAGUGUAGUGGGACAUGACGAACUAGAACAGGUGUGGGAGAGAACAAGAGGGGAUGGAGGAUACCAAUGUUGAUGAUGCGUUCAGAUCUGCCGGACAAUCGCCUGGUCUGGAGAUAUGGAGAAUAGAGAAAUUGAAGGUUGUACCACAGGAGAAAGCAACUCACGGUGAAUUCUAUAGCGGCGAUUCCUACAUAAUUCUCAAGACGAAUAAGAACUCAAGAUCUGAUAAACUUGAAUGGGAUGUUCACUUCUGGUUAGGGAACGAAACAUCACAAGAUGAACAGGGUGUGGCCGCCUACAAGACGGUGGAGCUUGACGACUACCUCAGGGGAGCGCCUGUACAACACAGGGAGGUACAGGAUCAUGAAUCAAAAUUGUUUUUAUCCUACUUCAAACACGGAAUCAAGUACCUAUCAGGAGGAGUGGAAUCAGGGUUUAAAAAGGUAGAGAGAGGUGUAUAUGAGAAACGGUUAUUCCACAUCAAAGGGAAAAGGAAUGUCCGUGUUAAACAGGUUCGAUGUGACUGUAGCUCUCUGAACCAGGGAGAUGUCUUCCUACUAGACUGUGGUGCCACCCUCCACGUCUGGAACGGACCAACAAGCAGCCACUUCGAACGACUGAAGGGAGCACAAGUUGCAAAGAGGAUUCGUGAUUCAGAACGGUCUGGGAAGGCAGAGAUCAGAAUAAUUGACAGACUGUGGGAUAUAGACGCGAAGUUUUUUGGUGAGUUAGGUUCCCAUGAAGAUAUAGCCGAGGGAGCUGAGGGUGGUGACGAUACCGCCUACGAACACUCUGCACACGAUAAGACAACUCUGUACAGCGUUUCAGAUUCCUCUGGGGAUUUAGAAGUGAAGGAGGUGGCGAAGAAGCCUUUCUCACAGAAUGAUCUUGACUCGUCCGACUGUUUUAUCCUAGAUGCUGGCUCCAGUGGGAUAUAUGUGUGGAUUGGCAAACAAUGCAGCCAGAACGAAAAGCGAUCUGCUUGGAAACACGCAACGGAUUUUCUAACCUUGAAAGGUUACCCCGAUUGGACUAAAGUUACCAGGCUGGCGGACGGAGGGGAAACGCCAAUGUUUAAAGAGUACUUUAAGUCCUGGCGCGACUGGAAUGACCAAAUGGGACUGGGUAACAUCUACACAAAGGAAAACAUUGCUCGUGAUAGAGAGGGAAACAUGUUGAUGUAG